AUGAGUACCCAAGCACGUGGGAAGUCACAAAAACCGUCUACAUCGUCAAAAAUCGCUCAAUUUUCGAGUUCUGACUCAGAACUCGACGAGUCCGAUGAGGUUGCGAUGAUUUGGCAAUUCGUGGCGAGCAGAAUUCGAUCGCCGACCGGCAAAUUGUGUCUUUUUCGGGAUACUAAUAAUACUUGGCUCGAUUUUAAAAAAUUAUACAAAGCACCCAAAAAUUUCAAGUAUUAUCAGCAAAAAUUCGAUCAAUCGAUAGUCCCAUUACUCGAAACUGCACCAUUCGGCGACCAUCAGAAGUUGGAUUUGUUCUAUGCGUUGGGUACACCGAUUACUCGAUCAUUCUUGAAUAAAGUAAAAAUCCCCUACAAAGUGGAAUGCGACGCGAAUUGGUACGUGGUGAAAUACACGAAUAUGGGAGAUUUGGAACCAGAGCAGUGGUACACGAAAGCAUCCAGUCAAAUGACAUAUCACAACGAUUCCUAUCGAAAAUCUGCACAAAAAUCGAUAAAUUCGAUAAAUUCCGUCGAAAAACGCGUCGAAAAACCCCCAGAUUUGACACAACUCGAGCUUCAAAUGUGGCAUUAUCUGGAUGUAAUCAUUCGAAAAUCGUCGAGAAACGGACUGGAAGCCGAGAAGUAUACGGUCACUCCGGAGACGUGGAUCGAAUUCAUUUCGAAUCUGGAAUUGAAGAGAAAUAGCGCACAAGAGAUUCACAAUCGAUAUCGAUUGAAAUUGGCGCCAAAUUUGCAUUUGACGUCGUUCGAUUUGAAGAAGAAAAUGGAAUUGUAUUGGGCGUUGAGUAUUGUUGUGGAUAAGACGUUUUUAGCAAAACUGCACACAAUGUACGACUUGACAAUGGAUCGGAAGGGCUUCAUUUUAGUGUAUUCGAUAAAAAGGACACCAGAAGAAUCAGAUGAUUCAUUAGAAGGCGUCAUUGUCGAGGAUGUGAAAGCGGAGGAGCUGAGUCAGGAUUCGAUGGAUAUGGAGCAGUUGUAUAUGGACUAUGGGAAUGAGGGGACCAUGGGGACUAUGGGUACGAAAAGAGCUCGGAGCACUAUGGACGAUCCGCCGGUCGAAAGUACCAUGAGUACCAUAAAUGUCUCAAAAAGAGCUCGAAGCACCAAGAAACCCAUUAGAUAUAGGGAUGAUUCUAUGGACGACUCUAUGGAUGAGCUAUCGCACAGAGGUACCAUUAGUACCAUGGGUACCUUGAAUGCCUCAAAAAGAGGCAAGAAAUCCGUGAACUUUAUGGAGGAUUCUAUGGAUGACUUAAUGGGGACUACUCCCACUAUGGGUACCAAAAGAGCCAGGAGCACCAAGAAACCGAUAAGGUACUUGGAUGACUCUAUGGACGAGUCACUGGAUGAUCCAUACGAGUCACCAGCAAGACGUGCAAUGAGUACCAUGAGAACUCCGCCAGCUAUAAGUAACACGGCCUCCAAAAAUGACUCUAAAAGAGCCCAGAGCACCAAGAAAUCCUUGAGUUUCCUGGAUGAUUCUAUAGAUGAUUCAAUGGACAAUCCGAUAGUGCGAAGUACCAUGAGUAACGACUCAAAAAGAGCCCGGAGCACCAAAAAAACCAUAAGUUAUUUGGAUGAUUCUAUGGAUGAUCCAUCUAUGGAUACCAUGGCCUCCAGAUAUGACUCGAAAAGAGCCCAGAGCACCGUGAGCUUCAUGGAUGAUACUAUGGAUGAGCGAAGAGCGCGGAGCACCAAAAAACCCAUAAAUUACGUGGACGAUUCUAUGGAUGACGUCUAUGAAGGCGUUAAGUGUGAAGUGGAUGAGCUCCCGAAACCUCGUAACCCUUCGAAAAAGGUAAUAGGACGAUUCUCUGAAGAGGAAAUUAAGGAAAUGUGGAAUUUUGUGAAAGAUAAGACCCGCGAUCCGGUCACUAUGGAGAUUCAGAAGUAUCACGUCGAUCGAUGGACGUGGGAAGAGUUCCGACGUAUUGGAGGGAAGCAAAGACGGUUGGGAGAUUCGUAUGAGAAAUUCUUCGACACGAAUUUGGCUCCGAAUCUCCAUCUCAAUCACUUCGACAUGCACUCAAAAAUAGAAACAUAUUGGUCGCUGGAACUACCCGUCGAACAGAAUUUUAUAGAAAAAAUCGACACGCACUACAACACGAUCAUCACGGAAGACGGAAUUCUUCAAUCAUAUAGUGAGAAAACGGAUGAUGAGAAAAGAAAUUGGUGGCCGUCGCCUGUGAUCAUCUGGAAAUAUAUACUCGAUAAAAGUAAAAAUGGGCGGGGCGAAUUGGUACCCGGGCUGGUUGAUGUGGCGAGUUUCGAGUUUCGAAAGGAUUUUAAUGAGAAAUUCAGUGUGGACAAGGAUUGGGAGGAGAUACGAAAUCAGUGA